AUCCUUAAUUUUGUUUCCUCAGUAUUAGUUAGUUUUGAGUUCGCAGAUGUCGGCAAUUACCGAUUAUUGAUUUCACUUCGGGAGCAAAGUUGACCGUUAGAUUUUAGUUAUCUCCGACUCUAACCUAAAAACCCGAAUCGAAGAUGUCGGAUUUGUACGUGGCACAAAAUUUGCAAAUGGUUUUGAACCGAAUCCGCGCGGCUUGCGGCAAAAGGGCCCCCAAUUUGCCCGAUAUCCAGCCGAGAUUAGUAGCGGCAAGCAAAACGAAACCGGUAGAGUGUAUUGUGGCCGCUUACAAUGAGGGCCAGAGGCACUUCGGCGAAAACUACGUGCAGGAGUUGGAGGACAAGGCCAACGACAAAGAGAUUUUGGAAAAGUGCACGGAAAUCAAAUGGCACUUCAUCGGACACUUGCAGUCGAACAAAGCCAAGCAGGUUCUGUCGGUUCCCAACAUUUACGUUAUCGAGACGGUGGAUUCCGCGAAACUGGCGUCGCUACUCGAUCGGAAUUGGGUUACCGAGGCCAAACCGAAGUUGAAAGUUAUGAUACAAGUGAACACGAGCGGAGAAGAUGUUAAGAGUGGCAUAGCCCCGAUGGAGGUGCCAAAUUUGGCCAAACACAUUUUACAAAAUUGUCCCAAUCUCCAAUUCGACGGCUUGAUGACUAUCGGUCGACUGGGUUACAAUCCGGAUGGGGAUCCUAAUCCGGAUUUUGUAAAGCUGAGGGAGUGUAGAGAAAAUGUAUGUGAAGAGCUUAAUCUCGAAUUGAAAGACCUGAACCUGUCGAUGGGGAUGUCCGACGAUUUUGAACGCGCGAUUGAACAGGGUAGCACAAACGUGAGGGUCGGGACAUCCAUUUUUGGUCAGAGGCAGCAAAAAGCCUAAUUAUAAGUAGAUAAUUUUUUGUUAGCCUAGACUUAGUGAUGAAUUUCAUAAUAUCCAAUAAAAUAUUGUUACCCUCUUGUUUCAAUGUGAAAAGUCAAA